AUGUCCGACAAACUGAAGAGCAUGGCUUCAGCAGAGGCGAACAACGCCCGAGCGGCUUCUCAGGCAGUCCUCAGGUCUGGUGCUUAUCUGUAUCCCAUCAAGGGUAUUGUGUACUUUGCAACUCACAAGGAUCUCUGGGGUCCCUUCAUGUCACGUAUUGGGCGAACCUUGGGAUUAGGGAUGGGCGUGACCUCCUUCAUGUUCUUCUUCACGUACGUUCCGCAAAUGGCCAUCAUGGCAUUCACCAGUGGCCCACUUGCUGCCAUUUCCGCCGCUCUAGUCGUGUUGACCGAGAGCGCAACAAUCACCAACUUCCUAUCGCGCUCAUUGUUGGUCGAGGGUGCCCUCGUCGAUACCUUUGAUGGUACCCUGAUGGCUCGUGGCCAAGAUACCCUUGUCUCUCAGGGUCGUCAGAUCAAGCCACGUUCUGGUGGUGCGGAUGCGGUUGCAAGACUAGGCAAAGUCAUCUCACGUCCUCUGGCACGAUUCACCCCCCAGGCUAUUUUCCGCUCCCUGAUCUACUUGCCCUUGAAUUUGAUCCCUGUGGUGGGAACCCUUCUUUACAUCGCCUUCCAGGGUAAGCGUGUUGGACCGACUUUGCAUGCGAGAUACUUCGAGCUCAAAGGCUGGAAUGCUCGACAGAGGGAGGAAUGGGUUGCCAAACAUCAUGGGGCAUACACUGGAUUGGGCAUGGCGGCCUUUGCUUUGGAGAUGAUCCCAUUCGCUUCAAUUGCGUUCUCAUACACCAAUACUGUGGGAGCAGCUCUAUGGGCAGCGGACAUGGAAAAAGCCUCGAACUCCGUAAAGGAUUCAUGA